ACGUGAUAAUGACUCUUACCUGUCGAAAACAAAAAUAGUAACAUCACACAACCAUAACAUGGACUUGUUGCUUGAGGUUUCCGCCUUGGGUUCGGGCCUAAUCUCGACUGACUUGCGAAAGUUUUCCACUGAAACAUUGGGACCGUGCACCGACCUGUGGAUGUGCGUGUCGUAUCAGUGGGUCGCCAUGUGUGUUGACGAUCGUCUGUAGUCCGUCUGCUGCGUCUGCUCCAUGGUGUCCCCCGUCAUUCAAACUGUCGCGGCUGUUGGAAGUUUUACCUCCGCUACAGGCCGCAAGUGGAUUAGCACUGAGUGCUCCAAACAAAUGGAGCCCAGGUAGGAGCGGCGACAGGUAGAGACCAGGACCGCAGUCACACGUGUAUCUACUGACACUAAUAUUGUUGAUAUAAUAUAUCUGGUCUUUACUGUCAGUGGUGAAGAAGACAGUUGACAAUGGCUUUGUUAGUUACCUCGUGUACAAUGCGGAACCAGCCUGACCGUCUGCUAAACAAAGGUCCUGAGUACCUGAGAACUCGCACCAACACACGCAUGUUUGACCACCGUCGCAAGAGCGCCGUGGAGCUGUUGGCGGCCAGCAGGCGGCAAUACGUCAAGUCCACCAUUGGCCUGGACACAUCCCGGGAGCUUGAUGCGCCCCUUGAACCUAGUCUCAGGCCAACACAGAUUAAAGGGAAAUUUUCCUCCAGAUCCAAAUCAGAGUAUGAUCUCUCGACUUUGAGACAAUUGCAGGAAGAAAAAGAUGAUGAAAUAAGUGGAGAAGAGGAAAGAACUACAAGCCAGGAGUGCCAACCUGUGCAGACUGCAUGCUCUGGCAGGCAAGAAAGUGCCAGCGAGACAACAGCUUCCACCGCCACGCCAGCAGCAGCAGGAGUCGCAGGCACUAGAGACAGGCAGCAGAAAAUCAAUAGUACAGCGGACAGAGAAGAUGAGAGAAAGAUCGUUUUUACUCCAUGCAGCAGGCCGGAUCCCAUGCCACCAGAAACAGGCUCCACUGCCACUAAACCUGAGCGGCCACCACCACCUGCUGUGUACACCGCCAAACCAGUCUACAUCAAUCUAAGCUCCAGCACAGCCAUCCCCUCUCAGACCACUUCAAAGGGAAACACCAUCAGCGUCCUCACCACCAGCCAGAAAGCCGCUUGCAUCAUGUCCGAAGAAAGCUCGGACAAGACGCCUACCAACCCCACAGGUGGGGAGGUUGACCAGGUGGGAGAACUUUCUGUGUCAGACUGCUUGGAUGCUCGUGGCAACAGGGGCACCUUUAUAGGUUUCAGUGGCAUUGACUCGCCACCCAUUGGGACUGGACCUAGGGGCUCACUACAGCUGGGAGAGGCAGGCUGCAGUGGCAGCAAUUAUCCUGUGCCCAGGUCGUUCUCAGACAUUUCCUGCCAUCACUCACGGGCAGGCUCAGAUGUGUCCUCGGAGACCAGCAGGACCUCCAGAACAUCACGGGCUAGUGCCAGCGCCAACUUGGAGAAGUUCUUUAAUGAAAUGGGGAUGGAAAAAGACAUUUUGGAUCCAAUGCUUCAGCUGCAGCAGCGACGUGCUGCCUCAGAGCUGGAUAUCUUUGAAAGUGUCAGCUCUUUAGACUCUCAUGAUGCUCGCAGUAUAUGUAGUGCUUUGUCGCGCAGCGAAAAGGAGAUUUCUGAUGCUGAAGCGUUUGAGCGCAACCAGCAGCAGACCUCUGUUGUUGAGCGAAAUGCACGUAUCAUUAAGUGGUUGUGCAGUGUUAAGAAGGCAAAACAAAAUCCAGGAUUCACCAGCAGUGCCAGUUAGCUCUGUAUUAAUCAAUUAUAAAAAGAAUAAGAAGGAAAUUGUAUUUACAACGCAUUUUAUAUGAAAAACACUUUCCAACGAAAGCGGCCACUCUGAUGGAUCAGACAUAGCUGGCCUUCUCUUUUUCUUUGUAAAAUGGAUAUUAAUGGCGAUGCAGGAAGAUAUUUUUCUGAAAAAGGGCCUAAUGACAAGUGAUCUUGGAAUGAAAGAUGUGAUUAGUAAACAAACGGAAGUUUUGUACUAAAGAAAAAGCUCAUCAGUCUGGGUCUGUGGUACAUGAUAGAGAAGAGAAAGCAUAGUCGUCAGUUUUUAAUUGCAGUUUAUUCUCAUAGUUUGCCCAUUUUCUGUCUGUCAGUAGAUUAGCUUAAUUUUUUUUUUGUUAGACUCUUUCCUGAUUCUCUUCAUGAUAAUUAUUGUGGUUAGAGCUAAUGUUUUGUAAUUAAAGGCUCACUGCACUAGUAGAUCCCCACUCGAAGUAUGGUGAACUGCCAUUUGCUUGACCAUGCAGGUGCAUCUGUCCGUUUCUGAAGAGAUUGAGAAUGAAUCAUUAAAGUUUUGUUAUUAAUGCAUAUUGCUAACAAAUCAAAUGCAGAUCCUGUUACAGGUUAUAGUUGUAGGUACUUCGAUCAGUAGUCAGCCAAGCAAAAAAGCAAGAUAUGUCCAGUAUAUCUGUUCUGGGGAAAUCUUGUUGCCUAAUGCUAAUGGUUGAGCUGAAAAAUAUAGGUCCUUAAGGUACCUUUAUAAAUAAAUAAUUAAAAUGGAGGAAAAUGAGCUUUAGAUCAUGUAACUUUCCUGUUGGUUGGAUGUUAAACAGGAGUGCAUGAGUCCCUGUGUUAUAAACUUGUUAUAAAAAUGUUGUUUUGUAAAUGUGAGACCACUUGUUAGGAAAUCAAAUGCCAGACAAUCUCAAGGUGGUGCUGCUUGUUCAACAGCAUGUCAUGUACAUUUAUCCUGAGCAUUUAUUGUACAUUCUUCUUUUUUGGAAUGAAUGGCUACAGAAUCCAGUUUUCUGCUUUUUCUUGCAUUUGUGUUCUUACAUUAAUGUUUACCUUGCAGAAAGACAAGAAAAGUUAAAUAAUUUGUAGUAUAGUUGAAAUGUGCCAUUAGUUAACCUAUUUGUUGCUACACAGAAAGUGAAAGUUUCCUUUCACUUGUGUAAUAUCAAGCUUAUGGUCUAUUCUCAUCCUCAGAUAGAAUUAAGAUACUUUAAUAAGAUUGUAACACUAACAGAGAGAUAACAUUUGUUCUGACUUAAAAUAUAGUUUCGAGCCAUAUGCACCUUUGAGAGAAAUGAUUGGAUAACAUGAAUCAGAUGUACAGCUUUUAUUUGCACUUCUAUCGAUUUUGUUUUCAUUGCAAUGACUUUUGAACUCAAAUGUUCUUGCAAAUAGCUGUUGGCAAUUUUUUUUAAACUGUACAUUAGAUUGUUGUUUUCACUGCUGCCAACUUGCCACAAACUAAAGGUGCACCUGGCUUCAAGAAAAUGCAAUGCAAAGACAGCGAAAAAGUUAUUUAUCUAUGUUCUCCUAGUGAACUUUCAGUCCAGAGACUUGAACAUAUGAAGGCUGUUGACACUUUUGACGGAUCAUUUUGGUGGUAGGGUUUUUUUUUUGUGCUUCCUGCUGUGCUAAAAAUAUAAUGCACUUCCCCUGUAGGACCAAUAUUGUACAUAUGAAUAUCAGUGUUUUGGCAUAAUCUUGAGCAAGCCACAUCAAAUUAAGAAGCAAUGGUUCUAAUUUUUUAAGCAUUCCAGGCUGAUAUUUCCGCUUAAUGGUGUUAAGCUGAUAUUUCAUUGGGAGGCCCAUUCACAAAAUCUAGUGGUGAUACCUUUACACUUCAUUUGCAGAUAUCUUGUGUGAUGAAAUUAAAGCUAAUCACAUUUUCCUGCUGGUCAAGUCAGUACUCAGAAAACAAUUUUGUUUGUGAUCAUCUAGUUUGCUUGUGGACAGAUGUAAUCAUUGAAAAUAAAAUUGUGAAAAUUUAAGUUAAAAGCUAAGUUUAAAAAAUUGCUGAUGUCCUCAUCGAAGAUGCCAUUUACACCUAUCCUUGGGAUUUCACAUGACAGCAUUGGUGAUCACUGUUUCAUCAACAGGCAGUGACCAUAAAGUGGACUGUAGUCCAAUGCUGGCGAACGUGCUGUAUUUGUUUUUUCUUAAUAUUUUAGAAGAGCAGGUGGAUUGACAUACAUUCAGGAUUAUGAUGUAUGAGGGAUGCAGCCUCUAAGAGUUUUGUAAUACAUAAUGAAUGUUGGCACAACAGAGUCUACUCUUGCAACAUCACACAAUUGGAGGAUUUGGCAUCUUUUCAAAGAACAGACAAUUUGUAUUCAAAGUAUUUUAUUUAAUGAACAGAACUUGUAUUCACUCAAUUCACGGAGAUAUUGAUAGACUUCAGCUUAUGAUGAAUCGAAUCCAGUCGUUUUAAAAUAAUGUGUAUUAGUCUUUAGAUGUGGAAUUCCUAUGUUAUUGUUUCACAUUUCACUUAAUUAUUUUGUACCUUUCAUUAGAUGAGUUAUUCACAUUGUGAAUUUUUACUUCACCAGAAGCAGUUUCCACCAUUUAUAUACAUGUGAUAGCAGGUGGGUGUUCUCCAAAGGAUCAGUGGGUGGUAUGGCAGUGUAGUGGCAAAGUAUUCUCUCAUAGCAGCUGCCUGAAUUCAAGUCUUAUCUUGAGGCAUAUGCAUAUCUUCAUCAGACUGACAGUCUAAUCUUUUUUCUAGGUAUUUUUUCCCCUUUUUUAUUCCAUCACCAAAUAAUGGAGAAUCACCACAGGUGUUUCCACAUGUUCCUGCCAGACAAACCAACCUUUAUAUUGACUUUACUUAAGGUGUAUGAUAGGGACUGGAGGAGCAUUGUUAUUUUAAAAAUUGUUUGAUAUCUUUGCUUUGCUGUAAUCUGACAAUACUGCCAAAGGAGGCAUAAUGAAAACUUGCUUUUAAGUGGUUUUGACAUCUACCUUUGAACAAGUACACAAUAGGCUUGCAAGAUACAACUUGAUGAAAGCUUAAACACAACUUCAGGUUUGUAGUUUUUCUUAUCAUCUACUUGCUGUUUGUGGCUAAACCUGCAUUAUUCACCACUGACCAAAAGCAUUUGAAAUAAGGUAAUAAAGUGCAUUAUCCAAGAGUGAAAUGAUGAAUCAUAUAAUGUUCUUGAUGAGUCGGAGAGAAUGUAUUAUUGACUAAUAAUCAUAUUUGUAAAACAUGUUAAGUGUAAAUUAUCUAGAUUUAAAAUUUGGUUUAAGCCAUUAUUUAUCCACCAUAACCACAGCAGCAUGCUAAACUGACAUACUUUUCUUGUAUUUGCCUUGUGUUUUGGUGCAAGAUUAAUAUUUUAUGUGCUUUGUGUUGGUGUCAUCCUCAAUUUGCUCCUCUGGGGAUGCAAGGUAAACCACGGAGCAUAUCCCAUAGGAGUGUAUGCUCCUCGAGGAACUGAAAAUGGAGGUCUGGCUAUCACCGAUACCCUUCAACAUCAAGCUGUACAGACCUGUGGAUGUUCUGCAGAUGACUGUCGGUUUCAUCUCAAGACCUUCAAGUGUAAACAGGCGAAUGACAAUAACAACAUGCCUACAAUUGUGAUAAAACUCCAUUGUUGAUAUCA